CCCGGCGCGCCAGGUGCUGGAGUCCCGCCCGCGGCGAGGCCAUCGACUGCAUCGGUUCGAUUGGUCAGCCUGGCUGCGCUAACGGUCGCGUAGGCGGAGCUUAAGCCGCGGGGUGGGUGCGAUGGAAGCUACGGGCAGUGACGGAGAUCAAGAUCCAGCUUCGGAAUGAGACUCUUUGGGUGAUAGUUUUAUUGAGACUAACUGAACGGCAGGUAUAAGCUGCGGAGGAACCACUAUGGCUGAGGGAACUCAAGUAUUUUUAUUGCCGAUCUCUACUUCAGAUUCUACAAAAGAACCGCUGUCUCCAGUAGCUUCUAAAGCCCAGGAUUCUAGCCUGUUAUCAAACAGACUCAUGAUUGAAAAACAGCAGGAGGAAGCAGAAUGGGAAAGCAUCAACGGGCUGUUGGUGAUGCAUGGCUUCAAACCUUUGUGUCUAGUCAGAGGAGCUGAUCUCAGAGAUUUCAUCGUUUUUGACAAACAAUCAUCACAAAGAAUGAGACAGAUUUUGAAAACGUUGAUGGAAGAAACAACACGUCAGCAGACCAUGAUGCAGGAGCUCAUAGAGACAAACCAGCAGCUUAAAAGUGAGCUUCAGCAAGAACAGAGCCGAGCGGCACACCAGGAACAGCGAGCCAAUGACCUGCAGCAGAUUGUGGACAGUGUGAAAUCCAAAAUUGGUGAAUUGGAAGAUGAAUCCAUAAACAGGGCUUGCCAACAACAAAAUAAAAUAAAAGACCUUCAAAAGGAAUAUAAAAUGUUACAGAUGAAAUGCCAGCAUUACAAGAAAAACCGAAUGGAGCAAGAGGAGACCAUUGCUUCUUUGCAAAGGGAGAUUUGCAGAAUUGCCAAAGAGGAGGAAGAGCGCAUUGUCACUCAGAACAGAGUGUUUGCCCAUCUCUGCCGGAGAGCUCCUCAUUCAGUCUUGGAUAGACAAUUGCUUUGUUUAAUUGAUUACUAUGAAUGUAAGCUUAGAAAACUUCAUAUACAAAGGCAGUGUGAGGAAGACGACAGUCAGUCAGAAGAAAAAGACUACAUAAACCUGGGUGCCUCGCCAAAUUAUAAAGGUGUUCUGAUGUCGUUACAGAAGCAACUCAAGGAAUCAAAAACCAAGAUUGAUGCGCUGGUAGGUGAGAAGCUGAGCCUCCAGAAAGAUCUGGAAAACAGGCCCACAGAACACGAAUUAAGACUUUAUAAACAACAAGUGAAGAAACUGGAGAAAACCCUUAAGAAAAAUAUAAAAUUACAAGAUCUUAUUGGUCAAAAAAAGUCUGAUGACAUGGAGAAAAAGGAUGAUCCCAGCAAAGACGGCCAUCAGCAGGCUCUGAUUGACCAGCGAUACUUUCAGGUGCUGUGCAGCAUCAAUUCAAUUGUUCACAAUCCACGAGCUCCAGGAAUUAUUUAUAAACAGAGCAAAGGAGGAGCCCAAAACAGCAAUAAAGCUAUUGUUGAAGAUUGUGGAUUUGAGCAUCUUGUUCCUGUAGUAGAGAUGUGGGCAGAUGAACUGGCAUCCUUAAAGGAUUUGUGUAAGUCCAUGAAAAUACUGUCUGCAGAACUGGUGCCUUGGCACAGUUUAAAGAAACAGGAUGAAAAUGAAGGUAUCAGAGUGGAAGAUUUGUUGUUUAUGGUAGAUACCAUGCUGGAAGAAGUUAAAAACCAGAAAGAGACCAGCAGCCUGCCAAACUCUCAGGCUUUGCAAGCUAUUGUUUCUCACUUCCAAAAGCUAUUUGAUGUGCAGUCUUUAAAUGGAGUCUAUCCGCGAAUGAAUGAAGUGUAUACCAGGCUUGGGGAAAUGAACAACGCUGUAAGAAACCUUCAGGAGCUCUUAGAAUUAGACAGUUCAUCGUCAUUGUGUGUGGUGGUCAGCACAGUUGGGAAACUGUGUAAGAUAGUUAACGAGGAUGUGAAUGAGCAGGUUAAACAAGUGUUGGGAUCUGAGGACCUACAAAGCAUUAUCAACAAAUUGGAAGAGCAUGAGGAAUUUUUUCCAGCGUUUCAAGCUUUUGCUAAUGAUCUUCUUGAAAUCUUAGAAAUUGACAACUUGGAUGCCAUUGUACCUGCAGUAAAGAAAUUAAAAAUACUUUCAUACUGAGAACAAAUCACAUCAGUUUUACUGCAUAAAUUGCAUUCUUAACAUUUUAAGUAUUUUUAAAGGUCUGAUCCCGAGACAAGGUUACAAAAUGUAUCAGAAUUCAUCCUCUCACCAUUGGGUCAUUCUAAACCCAUUUCAUUUUUAUUUUUGAUUAUUUAAUAAAAUUUAGCUGCUCAGUUAUUAAAAUAGUAAAUUAACUUUAGAUUCCUUAAUCAUUUCCUUAAGCAAUGUUUGAGUACUCUAAACUGGAAGGAAGGGAUUGUGUGUAACAAAAGAGACUUGUGAAGACAUUGCAGAUUAUACAAAGACGCAUUUAACUUCAAGGUUUAGACCCUUUGGUCAGAGAAAAAAGAAUGCCAGUUGCUUUCUAAGCCCAACCAAUCGGAAGCCUCUGUUCUCCAGGCAAGAACUACUGGGCAUAUUCUAUUAAGAUAAACUGAUGGCUGCUGCGCUGGCAAGGCAAGAGGAAGAGAAAAGGUUUUGUCUGUGUUUUAAGAUAGGAAGUUAGUCAUGGAGUGAAAUAGGUGAUUAGAUAGAAGUCUUUCUGCGUCUUUAUUUGCAAUAUUAUGUAAUAUACUUUUAUAAAGAAGUAAGAUCACAAAUAAAGUUUUUGUAAAGAAUUUCUAAA